UUAUAAUUUCGAUUAAUUAAACUAAUUAAUUUUAGAUAUAAACAUAUGGAAAAUGAAAGCGAAAUCUAUAUUUCUGUUUAGCUUUUUGCUAUUUGAUGCGAGUAUACUCGGAGAAAGAACCAGACGACAAGCAUGCACCUGCAAGCCGUUCUCCCAGUGUGUUGGUCAAUAUCGAGAUUUAGGAUUGUUUGACAGCAAGAAGUGUAGUCUGGAGGAAGGCAAGACUGGGGUAUGUUGCCCGGAUGUUCAGCAAGCAAACCGGAAACCAAAUCUUUCCCUUAGAGAGGAUGAUUCUAACACACGUCUCCGAGUACCUAGCGGAGUAAACACUGCAUCUGUCAGAGCAGAAAUCAGUAAGAUUCCAAGAUCUCCGAUAUUCUCGGAUGGAUCUAAACAGGGGGAUCAAGAUGUCAAGGCUUUUCGACUUAUCAACCAAGUACGGCCAUCUGAUCAGGCAAUUUAUGAUGCAGCUCUCAAGCUUUCUCGGCUAAACGAUGUAGAUGGUGUUACCCUAAGUUUACGAGCCGAUGAUGAAGGGUUGGAUUCAACUAACAGCGUUGAUAUUGACGGACUCUGUCCUUGGACACAGAACAAACCAGCUGGAAGGAAACCUAACUGCCCUAGAACAGUGGGUAGAGAAUACAGAACUAUUGAUGGAAGCUGUAACAAUAUUAGAUCACCUAUCUACGGGAUGGCAAGUACACCUUUUCAAAGAAUUGUUGCUCCUGAAUAUUCACCAGGCCUUCAACCAAGGAAGAACAGUAGAGGUGAAGAACUACCCGGAGCUAGGUCUGUAACUACUACUAUAUUCUCUACAGGAGAUCCUCCAAACCAAUUUCAGAUAUCUGAACUAUUUGUACAGUUUGGUCAAUUCCUUGAUCAUGAGUUUGCUCACACCCCUGUAGUUGCUGUGGACUGCUGCGACAAGAACUCACAAGGAUUCCAUUGGAAUUUCCCAUCAACUCCUCGUCACCCUGAUUGUGUUCCCAUUCGAGUACCCAGCAAUGAUUCAUUCUGGGGACCUCGAGGACGAGAAUGUAUUGAGUUGUCAAGAAAUCUCUUCUCUCCGACCCUAAAAUGUAAAGCAGGGCAACGUGAACAAAUCAACUCGUUGACUCAUUGGAUAGAUUUGAGUAAUACAUAUGGGAGUACAGAGGAAGAAUUCGAAGAUGUUCGGGAUCCCCAGGAUCGUCGUCUUCUUCUAGUUUCUAGAACCAGCACUGGAGAAUCCUUACCACCCAGCUGUCCUGGGUCUCGGCGGGAGAGACCAAUGGGCUGUGAGGAGGUGUGUGCUGAACCCAGUAGAAACUGUGUAUUUUCAGGAGACUUUAGGGCUAGCGAGCAGCCUGGUCUUACAGUGGAACAUUUAACAUGGAUUAGGGAACAUAACAGACUAGCUGAGGAACUAUCCAGUAUAAACCCAAGCUGGCCCCAGGAGAAAGUGUUCCAGGAAUCUAGGCGGAUUAAUAUUGCUGAAUGGCAGCAUAUUAUAUAUAAUGAAUGGCUACCCCUGGCUCUUGGUCCAGAGUAUAUGCAGGUGUUCGGUCUGCUUCCUCUCUCACCAGGCAGUCCUCUACUCACAGACUACGAUCCCAGCAUGGAUCCAAGAGUGACAAAUGAGUUUGCUGCAGCGGCUUUCCGGUUUGGUCACACUAUGGUGAAAAGCACUUUAGGACAAGUUAGUGAUAGAGGACGUAAUACAAACUCUGUUGAUCUGAAAACAGUUUUUAACAACGCAAAUAAUAUCAGACAGUCAGGCUUUGUGGAAAACUCACUUAGAGGAGCGACGAGAAACUCGGCUGCUGAGAGGGAUCAAGUGUUUACUGACGAUCUUGUAAAUCAUCUCUUCGAAGACCAGGGGGCUGGUGGUCUGGAUCUAAUGAGUAUCAAUAUACAGCGAGGAAGGGAGAGGGGAGUGCCAGGAUACAACAGAUACAGACAAGAGUGUGCUUCUGGAUCCUUCAAAAGCGUCAGAAAUAUAGAUGAACUAGCCAAUGAUGGAUAUAUAUCUGCAGAAGAAGUUAGACGACUGAAGCUGCUUUAUGAAGAUGUGAAUGAUAUUGAUCUGUUUGUUGGUGGAGUGCUGGAAGAGCCACAUAGAAACUCCUUACUGGGCCCAACCUUCAAGUGCAUUGUUGGAGAUCAAUUUUUAAGAUUGAAACGUGGGGACAGGUUCUUCUAUGAGAACGAACACAAGGACGGAUUUAGUUUUGAACAAGUAAAUGAACUGAGAAAGGUUAGCUUGGCAAGAAUUAUUUGUGACAACUUCAAAAUUGCUGAGAUUCAACCGUUGGUCUUCCGGACUAAUGCUGGAGCAAAUAGUCUCGUUGAUUGCAAAGAUGCUGUCAGUAUUCCUAGAGUUAAUCUAGACCUGUUCAGAGAAUAGUCAGGAGUAAACCUAUCCUAGAGAUAUAAUCUAGACCUAUUCAGAGAAUAUUCUGGAGUUAAACUAUCCUAGAGUUAAUCUAGACCUAUUCAGAGAAUAGUCUGGAGUUAAACUAUCCUAGAGUUAAUCUAGACCUAUUCAGAGAAUAGUCUGGAGUAAACCUAUACCUAGAGUUAAUCUAGACCUAUUCAGAGAAUAGUCUGGAGUAAACCUAUACCUAGAGUUAAUCUAGGUAUAGGUAGAACUUUCCUAGAUAUUCCAGGGUUGGAUUUUCUCAGGAUUGUUCAAAUAUCUGAUCACUAAGGCAGCUUAAACGUAAAUUUUAAACAAAUGUUUCUGGUAAACCUGAAAAUAUGUUAUGAUUAUAUUGGAAAUAAAAUAAACAUUUAAUUAUA